GGCAUGGACUGCGACCACACCGUAACCGUCGAGGUCUGCAAGGAGGCCGACGUGCGGGACGGAGAGCUCUGGGAGGUGAUGGUGGCCGGCUACCCGGUGCUGCUGGUGAGGAACAGGACGCAGUUCAGCGCCCUGGGCAGCAGGUGCCCCCACUACGGUGCCCCGCUCAGCAAAGGAGUCUUGAAAGGGGAGAGGCUGCGCUGCCCCUGGCACGGCGCCUGCUUUAACAUCAGAACUGGAGACUUGGAGGAAUAUCCUGCUCUGGACUGUCUUCCCUGCUUUAAGGUAACAGUGGAAGAUGGAAAGGUGUUUGUUACAGCAAAAAAAAAGGAUCUUGAAAGCAGCCAGAGGGUGAAGGAUGCAAGCAAGUGGUGCCUUCUCAACCGGCACACCCUGCUGCUUCUGGGGGGAGGUGUGGCUGCCCUGGCAUGUGCAGAGACACUUCGGCAGGAGGGCUUUACUGGCAGGAUCAUCAUGGCCACCAAAGAGAAACAUGUUCCGUAUGACAAGUCCAAACUGAGCAAGGAAAUGAACUUGAAAGCUGAGGACAUGUACCUGAGGAAACCAGAAUUCCUCGAUGCUCACUGUAUAGAGCUCUGGACAGAGAAAGAGGCAGUGUCGGUGGAUUUCCAGAAGCAGAAGGUCCGUUUCAUGGAUGGGUCCUCGCUGAAGUACAAUCAGCUGCUCAUUGCAACAGGCAGCCACUCCAGCUCCCUCAAAGUCCCAGGUGCAGACCUGCAGAACGUGUGCAUUCUCCAAACCCCAGAAGACUCUAGCAAGAUCUUAGAGCUGGCGACUGGGAGGAAUCUGGUGAUCAUAGGAGCUUCGUUCAUAGGAAUGGAGAUAGCUGCCUUCCUCUCAGACAAGGCUGGUGCCAUCUCCGUGGUGGAUAAAAAGGAGUUCCCUUUCCAGAAUGCAAUGGGUCCUCAGGUCGGAGGUGUCGCCAAGAAGAUGCUGCAAAAUAAAGGCGUGAAGUUUUACAUGAAAACAGAACUCUCUGAGCUGAAAGGAAAGGAUGGAAAGGUCACAGAGGCUGUUCUUGCCAACGGAGAGAAAAUACCUGCAGAUGUGGUAGUGACGGGAGUAGGGGUGACCCCCAACUCAGCGUUUUUGAAGGGCACCUCCAUCGCCAGAGAUGACAGCGGUGCCAUCCUGGUGGAUCUGCUCAUGCAAACCAACAUCCCAAACGUCUUCGCUGCGGGGGAUGUGGUCUCAUUUCCCGUAGCACUGCUAAACGGGGAGCGGUCCAGUAUCCAUCACCAACAAGUGGCUGAGGCCCAUGGUCACAUUGCUGCCUUAAACAUGCUGAAGAAAGGGAAGGAGUUGCACACUGUCCCCUUCUUCUGGACCACAAUGCUCGGGAAAACCAUCCGCUAUGCAGGCUGCGGGAAGGGAUACACGGAAACUGUUGUGAAGGGCAGCCUGGAGCAACAGAAGUUCCUGAUCUUUUACAUCAGGGACGGCUCAGUGACUGCAGCUGCCAGCCUGAACUGCGACCCCAUGGUGUCUCUGAUUGCAGAAGUUUUGUACUCAGGGAAACAAAUCUCUAAAGAAGAAGCAGA